CCACAUUAUUCAUCAACCUCCCUCUUUUCUCUUUCUCUCUCUAGUUUCUUAAGUAUGUUUUCUCUGCGUUUGUUUUUUUCACUCUCAAACAAUGGCUGUUUCCGAUGAUCUCCCACCACCAUGUGUGAACGAUCAUGUGAAGAGAAGAAGCAGAAAAAGAAGAACGAUAAAGAAGAAGCAACUUGAAGAACUGAUUAGCACCGCCGUAAGAGCCGCUCAUGUUGGCAAGAGACAAAGGGUUUUACAUAGUCUCCUCCGGAAGCCAUACAAUGCGUUGAGAUCCUUAGACAUAUGCGAAGCUUACCUCUUAACGCUCGUCUUAUUACCAAACCGACGGUUCCGUAUUCUUCUAUUUCUCUCAAAGAACGGUAACCCUAAAAUCAGUAUAAUCAAUCUGGAGGUUAUGGGCGGGGGAGAGGAAGUGGUGGAUAUGGCGGUGGUGGUGGUGGUGGAGGAGGAGUAUGGUUGUUCUUUUCACGGCCUAGAAGCUCGCAAAUGCUGGCAGAAGCUAUCUGUUCCACCCCCCUUGAACCUUCCUUCACUCCGUAAGGAGCAUGAGCGAGUUGAUUCGUCUGGUUCAGUUUCCAUUCCGGUGGAGGAAUCGCUGGGAGUGGAACGAGACCUGCUUCAUCUGCUGCUGUGUCUGGGCUGCAGAACAGAAGGAGGGUCUGAAUCAGAAGCAGAACAAACUGCAGGUGAAGAUUUUUCAAAAGAGCCGAGAGGUGUCUCUGGUAUGAGCAGUUCGCUUGUAGAUAUGAGACCUCAAACCAGUCUGGGCGUAGCCGGCUCGGGGCCACUGCCUCUUGUUCGUUGGCCCCCACGAUCUGAUUGGGCUGAUGAUGAGCGUGACACUAGUCAUGGCUUAAGAGAUCGGGACAGGGAUCAUGGCUAUUCAAAGAAUGAACCAUUUUGGGAUAGGGGUUUUGAUCAUCCGAGGCCUCAUGUCCUGCCCCAGAAGCAUGCUGCUCCUAGUCUUUUUGAUAAACCAGGACAGCGUGAAAUGAAAUUGCAAACAAGGCCGUCUAGUAGGGGCAGAGAAGCUGCUAAGAAAAGUAAUUACAUCUUGUCAUCAUCAAGGGAAAAUGUUUGGAAUAAUAGUGGAGCUAGAGAGGCUCCAUAUCAGCAUGGAGGAAGACAGCCAUGGAAUAAUAAUAUGGAUAGUUCCAGCAACAGGGGAACUUAUAAUCGGGAUGGGUAUGGAAUUGAACAUCAGAAUAGGGAUAAACGCCCAUUCUUCAAGAGUGACAAACCUCAUGUGGAAGAUCCUUUUAUGAAAGACUUUGGUGACUCUGCUUUUGAUGUCCAUGAUCCAUUCCCAGUACUUGGUGUUGCUAAAAAGAAGAAAGAGGCUUUAAAGCAAACAGAGUUUCACGAUCCUGUCAGGGAAUCAUUUGAGGCUGAACUUGAGCGAGUUCAAAAGAUGCAGGAAGAGGAACGCCGGCGGAUCAUCGAGGAACAGGAAAGGGUGAUAGAACUAGCUCGAACAGAAGAAGAAGAGAGACUACGGCUGGCUCGCGAACAAGAUGAGCGGCAUAGAAGAUUAGAAGAAGAGGCCAGAGAAGCUGCUUUCAGAAACGAGCAGGAGAGACUAGAGGCUACAAGGAGGGCAGAAGAGUUGAGAAAGUCAAAAGAAGAGGAGAAACAUAGGUUGUUCAUGGAAGAAGAAAGGAGGAAGCAGGCUGCUAAGCAAAAGCUUCUAGAGUUGGAAGAAAAGAUUUCCAGGAGACAGGCUGAAGCUGCCAAAGGUUGCAGCAGCUCUUCAACUAUUUCAGAGGAUAAAUUCUUAGAUAUUGUUAAAGAAAAAGAGUCUGCAGAUGUUGUUGACUGGGAAGACAGCGAAAGAAUGGUGGAUAGAAUUACUACCUCAUCAACUUUAGAUCUAUCAGUACCCAUUAGAUCAUUUGAGAGCAGUGCCAUGUCUCAAUUUUCUAGAGAUGGUUCUUUUGGGUUCCCUGAUAGACAAAAGCCUACUUGGAGAAAGGAAGAUAUUGAGAGUGGAAGCAAUUCGAGGUUUAUUCCACAAAAUAUGGAGAAUGCUCCACAUAGCCCGCAGGAAGAAUUCUUUGGGACAGCUGGAUAUCUCAGUGCCCCGUCCUACUUCAAACCAGGGUUCCCAGAACAUUCAGUUGAUCAGAGUUGGAGAAUUCCUGGAGAUGGAAGGACCCAUGGUAGGAACUAUGGAAUGGAAUCUGAAUCUCGUGAAAAUUUUGGAGAGCAAUAUGGUGAUCCUGGAUGGGGACAAAGCCAGGGCCGUCCACGGCAUGGUCCAUAUUCUCCUUAUCCUGAAAAGUUGUAUCAGAAUCCCGAGGGGGAUGACUAUUACCCUUUUGGAAGACCAAGGUAUUCAGUAAGGCAGCCACGUGUUCUUCCCCCUCCCCAGGAGUCUAGGCAAAAGGCAUCCUUUAGAAGCGAGGUUGAGCAUCCUGGUCCCUCAACUUCUAUUGGAGGGAUUAACUACAGCCAUAAAGGUAGGACUAAUUCGACUGUUCUGGCCAAUUAUAUAGAGGAUCUUCAAGAUCAUCAUGUGCUGCCCGGAAGUGGUAUUGAUGAACAUCAUCGGUUCGAUAGCAAGCUGACUGGAAGAUGUGACUCUCAAUCUUCACUUUCUGUUACUAGCCCACCUGAUUCCCCUGUUCAUCUCUCUCAUGAUGACUUGGAUGAAUCAGCAGAUUUAUCUGUCUUAGCUGCUUCCAGAAUGGGAGAAGAUACUGGUUUGUUAGAGAAGGGGGAAGCACCAAUUAUCUCUAGUGAUACUGGAAAGGAUAGUUUGAUGAUUGCUACAGGCUCUGUGUCUUGCUGGGAUAAUGAAGAAUGGACUCUUGACAGUAAUGAACGGUUGCAGGAACAAGAAGAAUACGACGAAGAUGAAGAUGGAUACCAGGAGGAGGAUAAAAUACACGGGGUUGAUGAGAACAUAGAUCUCGCCCAAGAGUUAGAAGAAAUGCAUCUCGAGGAUAAAGACUCUAAUCUAGUCUUAGGAUUUAAUGAAGGAGUGGAGGUUGAAAUACCCAGCGAUGACUUUGAAAAAUGUCAACGGAACUCCGAAGCUACAUUUCCCCUUCAUCAGCAUACUGUCGAUUCUUUAGAUGAUGAAAGACCUUCUAUUGAGACAAGCCGUGUAGAACAAGCCGCCCAACCUGCUGACGUUUCUGAUCCGUUGAGCAUGCAUAAUGCAUCUAGGAGCUUCCAGGCUGCUGAAACCACGAUGCAGAACAUGACAAUUCACCCAAAUAGUGGUCGGCAGUCAUUUGAGGUGGGCAAUAAAGUAGACUCCACGAGUAACUCUACCGUUUCUACUCAUCCGGUCAUACCACCUCACAGCACUGGUCUGCAUCCAUCUCUUCAGACAGCUAUUCCUCCUGUAUCUACUUCAGCACAGAUGGAGGAGCCUGUUAAGUUUCAGUUUGGUUUGUUUUCUGGUCCUUCGCUGAUACCUUCUCCUUUCCCUGCCAUACAGAUUGGUUCCAUCCAAAUGCCUCUUCCUCUUCAUCCCCAAUUUGGUUCCUCGCUUACCCAUAUCCAACAGCCCCAAUCUCCUGUCAUUCAGUUUGGUCAACUACGAUAUACAUCCCCAAUAUCCCAAGGGGUGCUGCCACCGCCACAUCAUUCAGUUGUCCAAGCGAAUGGUUUACCAACUUAUGCUUUGAAUCAGAAUCCUGGAUCCUCGGUGACUGUUCAGCUAGACCAAACGAAUGUUUCUGAUGGGGGCACACUGAAAAAUGUUAAUCUACCUCCAGCGAGAGCAAGUAUUGAGGCUGCUGUGUCACCUCAAAAGCAACCAGAGUUGUCUGUUAGAAAUUCUGGCUUGCGCUCAUCAGGUACUGCUGAGGUUUCUCGGGUAGAUUCUGGUGGUAAUAGAAGAUAUCGGCGUCAGAGGGUUGAAUUUAGAGUUCGGGAAUCAAACUGGCCAUCUUCCGAGGAGAAUCGAAAUGGCAAUGGAAGGGCACAAAAUUCUACAAAAAAUGGGAGUAGAAAAUAUGUUGUGUCCAACAAGUCCCAGAAACAACCCUUAGACAGCUCAGCGUCUGGUUUGAAUGCUAUGCAGAAAACAAGUGGCAUUGUUCGUGUCUUUGAGCAACAUGGUAUUGAAGUUCCUAGUGACGAUGAUGAUUUUAUUGAGGUAAGAUCAAAAAGGCAAAUGCUUAAUGAUCGCCGUGAACAGAGAGAAAAGGAAAUUAAAGAGAAGUCUCAGGCAGCCAAGGCAUUCCGAAAACCUCGUUCAACUUUCCAGAAACAGUACUACUGCAGCCAGACGUUAGCCCCUAUUGGCACACCUUCCCCUAAAACAGAUUCCCAUGCUGAUGAAAAAUCUGGGAGCAACAAGUCCACCCAGGCAAUCAUACACCUGUGGGGACUUGGGGGUAACCAACUCACCUAUCAGCCGGUUAUGGCCCUAACCCAGAGUCAGCUUGAUGAAGCCAUGAAACCUGUAUCUCUUCUUCAUGUGUUUCUGUUGAGAAUGGUGCUAACCGAAUUAGCGAGGCAAAUUCGACAUCAACGUCUGUGUGCCAAAGAACAAUACUUUUUCAAGCAGCACAAGUCCAAUAAAUUCAUUGCUUGCCGAGGGCAAAUUCAAUUUGGUGCAGUUACAUCUUCCACUGUUAUCCCUCCAUGUGGUGGCGUACGGAGAAUGAUAGCUCUUUAUAUUUUGAAAAAGAUAAUAAACAUCGAAAAUCCAUCAUCCACUGGCAUGGAGAUUUGCGAAGCAGAAGCAGAAGCUGCUGCUUCAGCUAUAGCUGUGGCAGCCAUAACUAAUGAUGAAACCAGUGGGAAUGCCUUAAGUACUGGCUCUGUGCUGUUGGUGGGCAGCCUAGUCUAUCAAAAAGCUGAGGAGUCUCUCAUUGUUUCUCUCCCAGCAGAUCUUUCAGUGGACACCCCAAUCUCUGUGUGGCCACAAUUACCAAGUCCACACAACUCAAACCAAAUGAUCACUCAUUUCCCUCCAGGCCCUCCUCAUUACCCUUUCUAUGAUGUGAACCCCAUGUUAAGAGGACCCAUCUUUGCUUUUGGCCCGCACCAUGACGCAGGAGCAACCCAAUCACAGUCCCAGAAAGGUCCAGUAACAGUUUCUGGUCUACCUACGACCUGGCAGCAGCAGAAUCAUCCUGGAGUAGAUUCCUUCUAUGCCCCUCCUGCCGGUUUCACGGGUCCUUUCCUAACCCCACCCGGUGCUAUUCCUGGCGUUCAGGGUCCUCCUCACAUGUUCGUUUAUAACCACUUUGCACCCGUUGGACAGUUUGGAGGGUUGAGUUUCAUGGGAACAACUUACAUCCCAUCUGGAAAACAACCAGAUUGGAAACACAACCCAGACGUGUCUUCUUCUCCGGUUGGAGGAGAUAGUGAUGUAAACAAUCCAAAUGUGGCUUCCAUGCAAUGUAACAUUGUACCUGCGUCUCUUCAGCACCUUCCUAUGCCAAUGUUUGAUCCAUCCCCUUUCCAGGAGAUGCCUGUCGAGCACGGUGGCCUUACAUGCCAUUUUCGGGUCCUCCAACGAUGCAAAUGCAGAAACAGCAGGAAGCAACAGAUGGCUCCAAUCUCCAUCACCUCAGUUUACAACACUGCUUCCUCCUCCUCCUCCUACAGAUAUCCCAACGUUCAAGCAUCCACAGUUUUAGAUGCAAUGGUAGACUCCUCAAACGCUUACAGUUCCACCACUUGUGCUCCACCAGCAAAGCCCACCACCAACUUAUCCGAUCCCAACAGCAACAACAUUCAGAAUCCAAAUGGUCCUGGCUUCAAGCCACCACAACAACAACAACAACACAACAACAACAACAAUCUUCUCAGGAGAAAGAACUCGCAGUCUCAGCAUGUUGGUGGGUCCAGCCACCACCACCAACACCAGCACCAGCAAAAACCGGAGAUCAGGCUACCAUGGAAGAAACCCACCCAUGGCCAGAGAGAAGAGGCUUUCCGAAUAACCCAAAGGUCAAGCAAUCUAUGUGGCUAAGCAGACUGUAACAGCAAUGCCUCUGCUUCCUCUACCACCACCACCACCACUUCCCCCUCAAUUUGAUGAUUCUUCACCAUCCAGGUCCAGUUCAGAUACAAACUCAUCCCAAUAACCCAACCAGCUUUGG